AUGGAAUUCGUCCUGAGCACCGACGUCCUGCUCGCAGCCAUGGCUGUCGCGGCCGUCUAUGUCGUCCAUUCGUAUCUAACGACACCUGCGGUACCCACACAGUCUCCUGCAUCGAAUCUUCCUCAAACGAAGAAGGCCGUGGACAAACCAUCGGCGCCACAGCAGCAGUACUUCACCUUGGACAAGCUGCGGGCGUUCAAUGGUGAAGGUGACAAGCCCAUCUACAUUGCGAUCAAGGGUGUGGUCUAUGACGUGAGUCGCAAGCGCGACUUCUAUGGUCCCGGGGAAGGCUACCACUUGUUUGCAGGCCGGGAAGCGGCUCGUGCGUUGGCAAAGAUGUCGUUUGAACCGGCCGACUUGGAGAACACCGACAUCAGCGACUUGAAUUUCAUGGAGAAGGAGAUUCUGAAGGACUGGAUCGACAAGUUUACGGACUACAACUCGUAUCCGAUUGUGGGGCGCGUCCUGCAGCAAACGGACUUGACGCGCACCGAGUUGAGCGCGUUCACGACAUUGCCAGUGUACGUGGCGCUGCGUGGUGUCAUCUACGACGUGACGUUGGGCGGGCUGGAGCACUACGGACCCAACGGAGGGUACAAAUUGUUCGCAGGUCGCGACGCCACCCGCGCGUUGGCGCUCAUGUCGUUCGACCAAGAACACUUGGACAACCCCACGGAGGAUGGACUGACCGAGACGCAGAUCAAGACCCUUGCGGACUGGGAAGCCAAGUUCCAGUCCAAGUAUGGAGUCGUGGGCAAGGUCAUCGUAGAAUGA